UGAAAGUGGCUCCAGAACAUCCAGAUGUUUUGUGAAGUUGAGCAGGAGACCUGAGGCUGCUCUUGACACUUUGAGGACUGAAGAGGGAAGACGGAUCUUGUUUUAAUUCCCCAAGCAUUUGCGUCCCCCACCCCCUUUCAUCUAUUCCAGUACUGUCUGGAUAAACGGAUAUGCUCAGGGAGUAGAGGUUCAGUUUGGGCUGCAGCAGUGCUAAGUGUUAUCAUUAUCAUUAUUAUUAAUUGUCAUUGUUAUUUUACACGGUAGUGAUUUCAGGAGCAGGCAGAUUGGAUUCCACGGCCCCCUGCAGUAUGAGAGAGGACCUGGCCUGCCCCGACUCCCCGGAGGGGGGUCUGGUUGUCAGCGAGGACGAGCUGCAGAAGAAGUGCGGCGGCAGGAAGAGGAUCCCCCACACCAAGAAGGACAGCGAGGACGGAGGGAGCCCCAAUCCCAUCCCGGCGGGGCCCAAGCGCCCCAAGAAGAGCCCCGUGGACACGGGGCCCCCGCAGUCCUUCGAAGACCUGCACACCCAGCGCGUGAUCGCCAACGUGCGGGAGCGGCAGCGCACCCAGUCCCUGAACGACGCCUUUGCCUCCCUGCGCAAGAUCAUCCCCACCCUGCCCUCCGACAAGCUCAGCAAGAUCCAGAUCCUCAAGCUGGCCUCACGCUACAUCGACUUCCUGUACCAGGUGCUGCAGAGCGACGAGAUGGACAGCAAGCUGGCCAGCUGCAACUACCUGGCCCACGAGCGGCUCAGCUACGCCUUCUCCGUGUGGAGGAUGGAGGGAGCCUGGUCCAUGUCUGCCUCGCACUAGCCAGCCAGCCAGCCAGGGACUGACAGUCAGCAGCUGGAAUCGUCUUUCAAGAGGAGACCGUUACCAUCUGCCUCUGAGCAAGGGACAAACUUUGAAAAAAAAAAUAAAAAAACAUAAUAAUAAAAAAUAUAUUGUACAUAAUCUUGUACAGAAGCGAACAGUUUAAUAUUAGUGUAAAAUCUCAAGCUUUGAUGAUGAUGAUGAUGAUGAUGAAGAUUUUCCUGGUGUAGAAUAAUUUCCGUCCAACCCCCGAUAAAAUGGAUAGAUGGAUGGAUGAAAAUAAUCGGGAGAGAGAGAGAGAGAGAGAGAGAGAGAGAGAGAGAGAGAGAGAGAGAGAGAGAGAGAGAUGUGCCCGCAACUCCGGAACACGACCGAGGGUUCUGUUUCUAUGGACGCUUGCCUCGACUCCACGGCAACAAACCAUGCAGGCGGGAGGGUUAAGAAGCCUCUUCCCUUCACUCGGAUUGGUUAACCUGUAAAUAGAACCCUUUCCUUCUGAUUGGUUAAAACAGAAGAGUUUUAAAAAUCUUUGGUGUUAAAGCACUAGUACCAGAUACACCAGCUGAUCAGAUUCCUGACUCCUCACCAAGAAGACGUCCCUUGAAUCAGCUUUGCAGAGGGGCUCCCGGGACCACUUUCAAAGGCAGAGCAGUCUGCUGAACUUGGGAGAGGGAGAAGGGGGAGAAAAUUUGACUUUUGACUUUUUAUUAUGCUAACAAAUAAAAAAAAUAAAUUAAAGAAAGAAAAAAAAAAGUUGAUUUACUAAGCUAUUUAUAUAUACAAAGGCAUCUUUUAAUCUGCGAGCAAAUGGAGAGUUCAGCUUCAACGACUCGGUAUCACUGGAACUGUAUGCUAACCCAAACUGGAAUCCGGCCGGUCCUUUCCAGCCCUGCGUUUCAUAUCCCUGACCUGGAUACCCUGCGGACUGACUCACUGCAACGCGAAAGCACCCGAGGGUUCAGAAGAACUAGAACAGUGAUCAUGUGGUGCACAAGCAGAAGCAAUGUUCAGUGUGAGAGACAGAACAAAACACAUUUUAGGGUUAGGGUUGGUGCUCGCUCGCUUUGGCUUGCGUGCGGAUCAGCAUUUUCUUUUUUUAAAUAAUGAAUUGCAUUUUGUCCUCCCUUUCAAGGUGUCAUUGGUUGCCUUUGACUGCGAUUUGGGUAUUUUAAUUAAAAACAUAAAGGGGGGGGGGAGGAAGAGAAUGUUAUAUAAUGUUGUACAAGCUGUGAGACAAAUUAAAGCAAAAGUAGAAAACUUUUUAGACACAAAAAAAAAAAAAAAACAGUGAUGGUGAUAUCUCUCACACACUGAGUGCAGACUGCAAACUAAAA